AAACGGUUUACCAUUGCCAUAACAGACUCAAGAGAUAUUUAUUUUGAAUUUGGACCGUGCAUGAUCAACGGUAAACACUAUCUAUCUAUACCUGGUUUCUUGAGGGUGCGAGCGAGCGAGCGAGCGAGCAGCGAAGUACAACCAAAUCGAACGAGUUCAACCUUCACCCAGCAAUUGUUCUGUUGUAAUUUCCUAUGUCCCAUAGAUUCAAGACCUUGGUGCGGGGUUGGGGCUCAUGUUCCUAUAUAAAUCAACGAUCGCAUUCGAGCUGUCAUCAGUUCAACCGCUUGAAGAAAAGUAUUCGCUUCGGGGUCCUGUGAUUUAUAAAUCGCUUUUCCAACAUGGCAAAUAUUUCGUUUGUAGCCCUAUUCGUCCUAGUCUUAGUGUUUUACGUGAUAGCUGCACCAGCCGCUGAUGUAGAAAGAGUGGAAGUGACGCAAACGGCUCAAGAUGUUGAAGAUGUGCAACCCUCCGAGACCAAAAAAGCGAAAAGAGGAAUCUAUGGAGGAGGUUUCGGGUAUGGAUUCGGGCAUUAUCCCUCAUUUUACCCGUAUGGUCACUACGGGUACGGCUAUGCACAUUAUCCCUACUACUCCUUAGGAUAUGGACUUCACGGGUACGGUUACGGUGGACACUAUUUAUGGUAGAUUUCUGCAAAUUAUCCCUAACGAAUAACACGCAAUAUAAAAAAAUAUAUAUCAAAUAUGAAUUUAGGACAUCAGUGUUUUGCCCCAUUUGUUUUCAGAUUUGUACUAAAUU